AUGUCAUCAGAUUACACCUAUGAUGAACAGGGACAAUUUUUUCCCUUUUUCAUCCUGACCUUGAGCGGCCUGGUCACUCUCCCUCUUACCUACAACCUCCUCCGUCCAAGCAAAGGUGAGUUCUGGGAAUCAAUUAUUUCCGCUUUCAACCGACGCGCUCUGACUAAAAUUUACCGUCUGCAAGAUCUUGAAAACACCGCUCCUCGCAUCAAGUCGAACUUUAAACCACAACAUGCCGACCUGGUCGAGGCGCAGAAGCGCAAGCGUCUGCGCAAGGAGCGCAGAAUUAAGCGCAUCAUUACCGUCAUUCUCGGAUACCUUGUGAUGGCGUGGAUGAUUUACUUGAUUCUUGUGACCGCCAGGACAACCGCGAAGGUGUACGAUCCAUACGAUGUUUUGGGCAUCUCACGGAGCGCCGACGAGAAAGCUAUUUCUCGCCACUAUAAGCGUCUCUCUCUGAUCUACCACCCCGAUAAAAUCCGCCCUGACCCCGCCAAGAAUGAGACCAUGGAAUCGCUGAACGAGCGCUUUGUUGAGCUCACCAAGGCUUACAAGGCUCUCACUGACGAGGAAAUCCGCAACAACUACCUUCAAUAUGGCCAUCCCGACGGCAAGCAGAGCUUCAGCAUUGGUAUUGCCCUUCCCAAGCUCAUUGUGAUGGAGGGCAAUGGCAAGUAUGUCUUGCUAGUCUAUGGCGCUCUUCUCGGCGUUCUCCUGCCUUACAUCGUUGGAAAGUGGUGGUACGGCUCGCAGCGAUACACCAAGGAGCGUGUUCUUGUCGCCAGUGCCGGAAACAUCUUCCGCGAGUACAAGGACGACAUCACGGAUGGUGGCAUUGUGAACGCUUUGUCUUCUGGUGAGGAGUUCAAGGAUAUGCUGAAGGGCGCCCAAGCUGAAGCCGGUUUGGCCAAGCUGGAAAAGAAGGUUUUGUCUGAAAAUUCUUCUUUUUUGUCCACCAAGGACCGUGAGAAUCUCAAGAAACUGGAUAACUCGACACGCCGAAAGACUUUGGCUCUGUUGUGGGCCUAUCUUGGUAGAAUAGACCUGGAUGAUACUUCUCUGAAUUCUGAAAAGUAUGAAGCGGCUCCUAUCGCUCUUGCUUUGGAUGAAGCCUUCACCGCGAUUUCUUUGGCUUUCGGCAAUCUUCGACCUAUUCUUGGUUCUUUCCAAACUUCUCAGAACUUGAUCCAGGCUGUGCCUCCAGGCUCAUCGCCACUUUUGCAGCUCCCCAACUUCACAGAUGCUGUCGUUAAAUCUGUGGAAGGGGAGAAUGCCAAGAACCACAUCAAUGUCCAGAAUUUCAUGAAGAUUCCCGAUGCUGAACGCCGCAAACUCGUUGUUGGCGCUGGUCUCCUGUCUGAGAAGCAGUAUACCGAUGCCAUCUCGGUUGCACAACAACUGCCCGUUCUGGAAGUCUCCAAGGCGUUCUUUAAGGUUAUGGGAGAGAAGGUGAUCACACCCAGCAGUCUGGUACAACUGGUUGUGAAGGCUCGAUUCGUCCCGCCGGGCUGCACGAAUGUGCCGGCUGUCGACGAACUUGACCUCGAGGACAUUGAUCCGGAUGAGGAUGACUUGGAUGCACUUAUGGGCCGCAAGCCGGCCAAGAACCGCACCACCAAGCUUGUGGAUGGCAAGAAGGUUGAGAACAAGGUCGAGACCAUCCAACCGCCUCUGGCUCACGCCCCCUACUUUGCCCGGGACCACUCCCCCCGCUGGCACAUCUUCCUGGCCGAUGGCAAACAAGGCAAGAUGGCCGUUCCCCCCUUCACCUUUACUACUUUCGACAAACCAAUCAUCGACGAGGCCGGCAAGCCCACCUUCAACGUCCAGACACUGAAGAUGCAAUUCCAGGCCCCGCCACAGGUUGGUGACUUUAACUUUGUCAUGCACAUGGUUUGUGACAGCUAUAUGGGUCUCGAUGCCAAGAUGGACGUGACGCUGCAUAUUGAGGACCCCGCCAAGGCGGCUGCCUUGGAAGAAGAAGACGACAUUAGCGAACCGGAUGAGGACUCUAUUGCCGGUCAGAUGCACGCGCUGAAGACCGGCCAACCCCCGAAGAAGAAGACCAGGAAGGCUUCCGACGACUCCAGUGAUGAGAGUGACACCGACGGCGAUGCAGGCGAUACCAGCGACACCAACACGGAAACGGAGGAUGAGGAUUGA